AUGUCAGAAUUCCGUUGCGGAAGGAAUCUGGAGUUGAGAUCCUGCCACAUGUUGCCACUCCCUCCAAUUGGGACAAGUUGUUGCUACAACGGAGCGAACACAAGAGCAACAAAUGGAUUGGCGGAGGAGUUGGGUUGUGUGGUGAUUGCUCCUGAUACAUUCCGAGGAACCACUACUACCUUUAUUCCCAAAGCAAUCUGGCUAGCAUUAUCCACGCCCCAAGAUCGAGUCAAUGAUGAUCUAGAUUCGAUUUGUAGCUAUGUGGAAUCAGGGAUGAUUUUGCCGGAUUCUUCCACCACAGCCUUGCGGCCAAGUGGAAGUGGCGUUGCCAAAGCAAACCAGUCGUCUCCAAACAAGUCCAAAAUGAGAUGUAAAUUUGCAAUUCUAGGUUUCUGUUAUGGAGGAGGUAAGGCAAUUCGAUAUACUACACAACGGAGACGAGACGCUGCCACAGUAGUAUUCUACGGAAUGCUGGUCACAGAUACCCAAGAGCUGCAGAAUCUCGAGGCUCCUGUGUGUGGUAUCUAUGGUCGAAACGAUGUUCAGUUCCCUAUACCAUUACUAGAGGAAUUUCAGAAUGCGCUAACAAAAGCCCAGGUGGAAAAGGAUGUCAAGAUUUAUGAGGGAGUUGGACAUGCCUUUUGGAAAAACAUGGAAGGAGUGCGCCAUGGCAACCAACCACAGCAACAAGCGCUUCAGCAAUGCACUACAUUCUUGAGGAAAUUCUUUGAUUCUGACAACUAG